AACUGUAGCUCUCAUGUCAGGAGGGCGGUUGUCACCUGCUUCUCAGCUGGCUGCUGUGGGCGCCAUGGCAACCGGCCCGUCCGCUACUGCAAGCGUUGCCAUGUCAACCACCACAGCAGCGAGGUGGGGGCUGCGGCGGAGACCCAUCUCUACCAAACCUCUCCCCCUCCCAUCAACACCCGCGAGUGUGGGGCAGAGGAGUUGGUGUGCACUGUGGAGGCUGUUAUCAGGUAAACACCACAGCAUCACAGACAACACAGGCAACCAACCGUAUGCUUCACAGUAGCACUGUAUUCAACCACAGUCAUCUUUCUCUCUAUCACUAUCCAUCUCUCUAUCUCCCUCUGUCUUUCUGUCUGUCUCAUUCUUGAUUCCCCCUCUCUCUCCAACCAUCUGUCAACGUCAGCCUACUGAAGGAGGCAGAGAUCCACGCGGAGCUACGUGAGUUUGAGCUGAACAGGCGUCGUCAAAUGGGCCUGUCUGCCUCCCACCACUCCCUGGACAACAUCGACUUCGACAACAAGGAGGACGACCAGCAUGACCAGAGGCUCCUCAGUCAGUUUGGCAUCUGGUUCCUGGUGCGUGGCUCGCUGGUCUAUCACUCACUAUCGCAGUAGUGAGAUUAGGAUGUUGACACACCUGUCUGGGCUCUUAUUACCAGCCCUUCAUAGUGCAACAUUAUAUGACAAAAAAAAUGUAUGCACUCACUAACUGUAAGUCGCUCUGGAUAAGAGCGUCUGCUAAAUGACUAAAAUGUAAAACAUGUAAACGUAAUGCUUUAACCGUAUCUCUCUCCAAUCUUGGAAGCCCCUGACUGACCAUGAUACCCCGCAUCCUUGCCCCCACCUCUGUAGGUGAGCCUGUGCACCCCCAGUGAGAACACGCCCACAGAGAGUCUGGCGCGGCUGGUGAGCAUGGUGUUCCAGUGGUUCCACUCCACAGCCUACAUGAUGGACGACGAGGUGGGCUCCCUGGUGGAGAAGCUCAAACCCCAGUUCGUCACCAAGUGGCUGAAGACCGUGUGUGACGUGCGCUUCGACGUCAUGGUGAUGUGCCUGCUGCCCAAGCCGGUGGAGUUUGCCAGGGUGAGGAGGAGUGGGGGAGGGGUGGAGAGGGGGAGGUGGAGAGGUGUUGGAGGGUUAAGGUGGUUGAGCUUCAGGGAGUGUUCAUGAGGGGUUGUAGGGUAUAAUGGUGGGUGUAGGGUAGUAUGAGUUUAGGACUGUUUUUCUAGGGACAAUGCACACUGUAGGGACAACGAGUGAUGGUUGUGUUUCUUGGUGAAUAUCCCCCAUGGUUAUAACUGACCUUGUGUAUGUGUCUAUGUACUCAUAUCCCCAGGUGGGGGGUUACUGGGAUAGGUCUUGCAGCACAGUGACCCAGCUGAAGGAGGGGCUGAACCGGAUCCUGUGCCUGAUACCCUACAACGUAAUCAGCCAGCCGCUGUGGGAGUGCUUCAUGCCAGAGUGGCUGGAGGCCAUCCGGACUGAGGUGCCUGACCAGCAGCUCAAGGAGUUCAGAGAGGUGCUCAGGUACUGUAUACUGGACUUCCUCCAAGUCGCCCAGUUCACUGUACCACCUCCUCUACGUCAAUGGGUUCCUAUGGUUACUGUUGAUGCAGAAAUUAUUUUCUCUUAUGAGAAAAAUAGAAUGUUAUGUGAAAUGUAAUGUGACUAUGUGAAACACACAGUCAUAGGUAGACAGACUUGUUUAGUUACCAUUGUUACACCUGAGAGAGAUGCUAUACUAAGCCUCAGCUCUAAAAGCAUGUUCCCACCUCUCCCCUCUGUUCUCCCUGCAGCGUUUGACAUUGAGCUGUGCCCUCUGCCCUUCUCCAUGGAGGAGAUGUUUGGGUUCAUUAGCUGCAGGUUCUCAGGCUAUCCAGCCUCUGUGCAGGAGCAGGCUCUGCUCUGGCUGCAUGUGAGUAUAAGGCCUGUGGCUUUUUAUGAGUGUCCAUUUCAUAUCGAGUGGUUGAUUUCAUGUGUGAAAUGAACAAGUUGUCAUGAUGUGUGAGUGCCUGGGCAGGGGCUCUACUGAAUAUCGAACUGGGUCACACGGCUAACAUGAGACCGGAGUUCUGAGAGGGAGAGAGGAGGGAUUUUGCUUUUGAUUCCAUAUGCACUCACAGCCUGCUGUCCUAUUUGUACAUGGAUGGGUUUUCAAGUUUUCUGUCACGACUGUGAUUACAGAAACCAAAGUAAUUCAAUCUGACGAUAUAGGUCACAUUCAAAGCAGCACUACAGGAGUAUGUGUACUACAUUCUAGUGUCUUCUCUUUUGCCUCUCUUAAUGUCUCUGUUGUUUGUUUGUGUGUUUCAUAUGUGCGUGUAUAAACCUAUUUUUGUCAUGAAUGUGUCUUGUGGGUGCGUAUGAGUUUGGUGUGUAUCUUUGUGUGUUCUCUUGUGUGUUUGUGUAUCUGUUGGUGUGUGUGUGUUUGUGUAUGUGUGUCUGGAUGGACUCAGGUGUUGUCAGAGUUGGACAUUGUGGUGCCUCUGCAGCUGUUGGUUGGGAUGUUCUCUGAUGGGGUGAACUCUGUGAAGGAACUGGCCAAUCAGAGAAAGGCUCACAUCUCAGCUCUAACUGGGGAAAAUACUGAGCCUCGGAGGGUGAGAUAUCAUACUAUGUCAUCAACUCUCAUGCAAAACAACCUCAAUGCCACAGAAAUAAGCUCUUAUUGCUCAUAUAUUUCCUCUCUCUCAAUUAAACAGUAACAGCAGAACAAAUGAGCUCAGGACAGAUACAGUUUACAUCCACAAUAGGAAAAUGCUUGUUAUCUAGCUACCCUCUAUUGUCAACCAUCCACAGGCCUGUGCGUUGCCAUGGUAACUGCUGAAGUCUAAAUAUAGUCCUGUUUAAGGGGCUUAAUUGAGUUUUGCCAUCGUUCAGAUUAAUAAUUGAAAGUUAAAGCCUUCAGCUCAUCUAUCCACAGAAUAUUUCUAGUAUAUUUCUACACCUGAAUACACCUUGAUAACUUGGAGGGUAGUUCUCAGGAUAGUACAAAUAUGAAACAAUUUUUUGUUUGUGUGCGUGUGUUUGUGUGUGUGUGGAUGUGUGUGUGUUUGUGUGUGUGUGUGUGUGUGGGUGUUUGUGUGUGUGGGUGUGUGUGUGUGUGUUUGUGUGUGUAUGUGUGUGUGUUUGUGUGUGUGUGGGUGUGUGGGUGUGUGUGUGUUUGUGUGUGUGUGUGUGUGUGUGGGUGCGUGUGUGCAUGAUGUCCCUAGGAAAGCGUGGUUUCAGAUCCAGGCCGUCUUGGGCAACACAACACCCUGAGCCCAUUCCCUAGUCCGUUCCGGAGCCCAUUCCGGAGUCCCCUGCACUGCAGCCCCUUUAAGAACCUGGGCCAUGCUACGGGACACUGUGCCCUGGACCUGGACUGUGAAGACGAUGACAUGAACCUGAGCUGCUUCAUCCUCAUGUUCGACCUCAUCCUCAAACAGGUGGCCAAGUCUUUGAGCAUGAAUGUGCAUUUUGUUUGUGUGCUGAAUGGGCGUGUUUGUUUGCAUGUGAGCAAGGAAGUGUGUGCUGUAUAUGAAUGUAUUAUUUUGAAGGUCGGAAGGCACAUUCCAGACAUGGGUUCAUUUAUACAGUACUGUUUGUUACAUUUUACAAUGCCUCAUUGAAUAUGUCAGCGCCACCAAGUUGAAUUCCGUCCCACUUUCUAUUUCUGUGGGUUCUCCUGUUCAACACGUUGUGUUGGUUCCUUGUCCAGAUGGAGCUUCAGGAUGACGGUGUGAUGCUGGUUCUGGAAAGCAGCCUGGGGAAGGACAUCGUGGGCAUAAUCAACAAUGUUUUCCAGGCCCCGUGGGGGGGCUCCCACACCUGUCAGAAGGACGAGAAGGCCAUGGAGUGCAGCCUGUGCCAGUCUAGCAUCUUAUGCUACCAGCUGGGCUGUGAGCUCCUGGAGAGACUCACCCCCAGGGAGGAGAUACAUCUGGUGGUGAGACACACAUGCACACACACUCCUGUAAAAACAACAUGAAGGAUGUCCUGAAGCGUCCCAAUAGUUUUUCAGUGGUUGGUAAUUCUUACUGUAUUUGGUUGUCAAUAGACAUUAUUGUGUCUUCCCUAUAGGAGCCAACAGACGGCUUGGAGGACACAUUGCUGUUGCCUCAAGUUUUUGGACCAGAACAAGGGACAAAGGGAAGGACAGAGGAAGGGGACAACCCUGCCAGCACACACACUGACAACCCUACCAAUCAAAGUGACUCUCCUGACAACCCACGUAUGUAUCCAUGGUGACCUAAGGCUUGGGUUGGAAGGGAUUUGAAAUUAGUACAGAAUGUCUCAAUGCAUUGAUACAAAUCUGAUGAAACACAAGCAGAACAAUGCUCAGUUGUGUCGGUGUAAACACCUCAUUAUUAUAAAAAUCCCAAAUGUAUCGUAUGACCUGAAGCCAACAAAUGUGAAAAAGAUGACAUGAACACUUCUCUGUAACAGUUCAGAGGCAGUGUGCAACAUGAAAAGGAAACACUGCAUCGUUUCUCCUCUGCUGGGUAUUUCUCUGUUUUAUAUCAAAGCUUUCUCUCCUACAGCAAUGAAGAAUAAUGCUGAUAAGAAGUUUUCCUACCAGCAGCUCCCUGUGUCUCUCAAGCUAAUAUACACUAUUCUGCAGGUACCUGCCAGUCCACCUUUAUCCAGUGUUAAAUCAUCUUGUAAUGUACGGAUAUAAACUGUCUAAAUACUAUAAUAGAUGCGUAAUCAAAGAAAAUAAUCCCCUAUCCUCAUUAGAAAAGAUUGAGAGAGCAAAGGAACUCUACCUUCUGUUCCCUAUGUAGGAAAUGUCAAAGUUUGAGGAGCCUGAUAUCCUGUUCAACAUGCUGAACUGUCUGAAGACCCUGUGUCUCCACGGAGAGUGUCUGUACCUGGCCCGUAAGGACCACCCCCAAUUCCUGGCCUACAUCCAGGAAAAGAUGCUCAUUCCCAGGUCAACACAGUCACCAUCACCACAUGGGGCCCCGCCUGCAGUUUUACACAUACCUUGUUGGUUUUCUACAGAUAUCUCUGCUAGUACUUUCUUUAAACAUGACUUGAGCCAUGAGAUGUAGCUACAUGUAUCAACUGAAAUUGUCGAUCACCAUCUUAAGGAAAGUUGUACUUGAUCAUCAAACACGUGAAGAGCCGCCAGGUGUGUGUGUGUGUGUAUAUGUGUGUGUCUUAUGUGAUACCUGUGUGUUCUAGCCUGUGGACCAUGCUGAAGUCCGAGUUCUGCCAGCUGGCCUCCCUGGCCGUGCCCCAGCUCCUGCAUGCCCUCUCCCUCUCCCAUGGAGCAGACAUCUUCUGGAACCUGGUGGACAGCAAUUUCAACAGCAAGGACUGGAAGAUACGCUUUGAAGCAGGUGAAUGAUAUAGGAGUCUCCACCGUACGUGUGUGUGUCUGUGUGUGUGUGUGUUUACGUAUGUGUGAGUACUGUAUGUAACGACAUGAAUAAAUCAUAAUCCCCCCCUCAACAAACCUAUGUCUACUCCCAUGGUUACUACUGUAUGUGGCUCUAGCAUGUAGCACAGAGGAAUUGUGGGAUUAUUAAUCAGGCCCUUCUCGCCCUGUGAUUGGCAGAGAGGAGCUGUGUGUGACCUUGGGAUGAAGUCAGAGGACAGGGUCUCUGUCUGGUAGCAUGGAUAUACUGUAGAUACAGAGGGUGGACCGUUAAUGUACAUACAGUGCCUUGCAAAAGUAUUCAUCCCCCUUGGCGUUUUUCCUAUUUUGUUGCAUUACAACCUGUAGUUUAAAUGGAUUUUUUAUUUGGAGUUCAUGUAAUGGACAUGCACAAAACAGUCCAAAUUGGUGAAAUGAAAUGAAAAAAAAUAAAUAACGGAAAAGUGGUGCGUGCAUAUGUAUUCACCCCCUUUGCUAUGAAGCCCCUAAAUAAGAUCUGGUGCAACCAAUUACCUUCAGAAGUCACGUAAUUAGUUUAAUAAAGUCCACCUGUGUGCAAUCUAAGUGUCACAUGAUCUGUCACAUGAUCUCAGUAUAUAUACACCUGUUCUGAAAGGCCCCAGAGUCUGCAACACCACUAAGCAAGGGGCACCACCAAGCAAGCGGCAUCAUGAAGACCAAGGAGCUCUCCAAACAGGUCAGGGACAAAAUUGUGGAGAAGUACAGAUCAGGGUUGGAUUAUAAAAAAAAUAUCCGAAACUUUGAACAUCCCACGGAGCACCAUUAAAUCCAUUAUUAAAAAAUGGAAAGAAUAUGGCACCACAACAAACCUGCCAAGAGAGGGCCACCCACCAAAACUCACGGACCAGGCAAGGAGGCCAUUAAUCAGAGAGGCAACAAAGAGACCAAAGAUAACCCUGAAGGAGCUGCAAAGCUCCACAGCGGAGAUAGGAGUAUCUGUCCAUAGGACCAGUUUAAGCCGUACACUCCACAGAGCUGGGCUUUACGGAAGAGUGGCCAGAAAAAAGCCAUUGCUUAAAGAAAAAAAUAAGCAAACACGUUUGGUGUUCGCCAAAAAGCAUGUGGGAGACUCCCCAAACAUAUGGAAGAAGGUACUCUGGUCAGAUGAGACUAAAAUGUAGCUUUUUGGCCAUCAAGGAAAAUCAAUUUUAAUUCCAGGUUGUAAGGCAACAAAAUAGUGAAAAUGCCAAGGGGGGUGAAUACUUUCGCAAGCCACUGUAUAUUUUAAGUUAGAUCCAAAUAUCUUGAUUUUAUUUUUGUAGUUUUAUCGUGACAUUGUCACAGAGCACCAAUUAGAAUAUAAUAUAAUAAUAUCAGUAUGCUACAUUCACAUUAACUAAUUUAACAGACUCUGACCAUAAACAUCAUAAAAAGUAGAUAUUGAUUAAAUAAUAUUGCAAAGUAACAUUGAAAAAUAACAGGAACAAUUGCUAAGGGAAAUUAUGUGUCAUGAUGACUAAAUGUAAUGUACACACAUGAGCCUUAGGAUGAUGAUGAUCAUGAAUUCUAAUGAUAUUAUUAUGGCCCCAUAUUAGCUGUACUGAAACAGAUGGUAAUUUACUUGUCUGUGUAAAUUAACAAAAAAAAAGACACCAGUUGGGUGCCAAAGCAGUACUAUGACCCACAUCAUAGAUUAUCCAUUAUAUUGACCAGAUACUCUAGUGGCCGCUCUAACAAUGAAAAUAAAUGUCAUCAAAAAUGGAAGGCAGUCGGGAGAAGGGCAGAUACGCAUGUGAACAACAGGCACAACGGUUUCCACUAGUUACCACAGCCACUAUGUCAACAUUGGCUAUAUCGUAAGAAUUCAUGAAAACAAACAUUUGCUUUUUGGUGUUAAUUUAAGGUUAGGGUUAGGCAUACGGUUGGCAGUGUGGUUAAAGUUAGGGUUAGGUUUAAAAUCACAUUUUAAGAAGAGAAAUUGUAGAAAUAGGCGGGGUUUAUGACUUUGGUUGUGGUAUCUAGUGACGACCAGGCACAACGCCGAUAUAAAGUAUUUUUUCUCACAAUUGACGGGAUGUCCAGUGUACUACCUGUCCUACACUUGUAACAACCUAAUCAUUAUGAAGCUUCUAUUCGAUCAAAUAAGCCACACGUAGCAAAUAAGCAAUUACAUUUUUUGGUUAACCAAAUUCGAGUGGGUGGGCGUAUAACGCGAACAUCUAGCAACCCAAAGGUUGCGUGUUCGAAUCUCAUCACGGACAACUUGAGCUAAUUAGCAACUUUGCAACUAUUUACUACUUUUUAGCUACUUUGCAACUACUUAGCAUGUUAGCUAACCCUAACUUUAACCCAUUAAUAUAACUCCUAACCUUAACCCUAACCUUAACUCCUAACCCUAACCCCUAGCAUUGCUAACGUUAGCCACCUAGUUAACGUUAGCCACAACAAAUAGGAAUUUGUAACAUACUGUAUAAUGCGUUUUGCAAAUUCGUAACAUAUUGUACGAAUUGCAAUUUGUAACAUACUGUACGAAUUGCAAUUCGUAACAUAUCACACAAAUUGUAAUUUGUAACAUAUCAUACGAAAUAUAUAAUGGACAUCCACAAAUGAAUACAUGCCAUACGAAACAUAACAUAUCAUACUAAUUGUGGAGUGUCACGGAUUUAUAUUUACUAUGAUACGUCUAGCCCCUGAGUCCAGGUUGGUUAUCCCUCUGGCUUUGCCUCUUGCUCUCUGCCCACAGGCAAUCUGGCUAGGAUACUGCUGUCUCGCUUCCUUCUCCUGCUAAUGCCCAUCAGCAUUAGAGUGAUGCUGCUUUUAACACUAUCCUUUGCAAUGACAAGAAGAAAUAGAUUGAUAGAUUUGCUUGAUUUGUUAUUGUCCCCGUGGAUCUGUCCCUGUCCGUACUUUCAUCACACGCGAUUUCUCAGACAGCAGUGGCCCCAUUUUGACGAAAUUUGGGUGAAUGAUGCCUCUUGCCAUAUAGAUCCGGCAUUUACAAAAUUGUGGCAUUUAUGUGUGGGAUUGGAAAUGAUGCAGACAAUUACAUUGAUGGAAGCUACAAUCAAUCUGCAAUAUUAAAGCUGAUCUACCCCCUAAAAAUAUAUAUAUAUACUGUAUAUAUAUACUUUAUUUUUACAUAAUUGCAUCGCCCGUGGGGACGACAUGUUUACUGAUGCAUUGUUUGUCAUAUAUAUGUAUAAGUAAGGUUUACAAGAGAAAAAACGUACAAACAAAUAAUUAGAGUGUAGAAAGUGGUGUUCUCAUUAUACCUUUUACUUAGUGACCUAUCUAUAUCGACCUUUAUGUGACAUGGCGCUGAGAUGUUGUCUUGUGCCCUGUCUGUGUUGUCAUGGUAACUCCCAGUGGAGAAGGUAGCGGUGCUCUGUCGGUUCCUAGACAUUGGUUCUGUGACGAAAAACCACCUGCUGAAGUACUCCCUGGCCCACGCCUUUUGCUGCUUCCUGGCCUCUGUGGAGGAUGUCAACCCAGCUGUGGCCACACGCGCCAGGCUGCUGCUGGACACAAUCAAGAGCCAAGCACUACAGGUGACUAACAUAGAUCUAUCUAGACCAAGAUAAAUACUCCUAUUCAACUACCAUACAACCAUUUUUCUUGUAACAAUUGAACACGUGUAUGGAGUAUUUUAUGUCAGCAAACAAUUUCAGAUUGACAAAUAAGGCAUAAACAUGUAAGUGCAGUGCUAACACUUGUGUGUCUGUGUCUGUCUGUGUCUGUAUCUGUGUGUGUCUGUGUCUGUAUCUGUGUGUGUGCCUGCAGGGCUUGUGUCUGUGCCUGGACUUCCAGUUCGACACAGUGGUGAGGGACCGGCCCAUCAUCCUCAGCAAGCUGCUGAUGCUGCACCACCUGAAGCAGGAGGUCCCUGCCCUCAGCUGGGAGUUCUUUGUCAAUCGCUUCGAGACGCUCUCCCUGGAGGCCCAGCUCCACCUGGACUGCAACAAGGAGUUCCCUUUCCCAACCAGUACGCCCAGUUGGUUGAUUCUCUCUGUUACAUAGUCUGCAUAAUAGAACUUGCACUAUGACUUAUAUUCAAUACAACAAACCAAGCAUGUAGGGAAACAUAAACCUGUGAAAUAAGAACAUAACUGUUCCAGUUGAGGUGUGUUAAGUGUUAUGAGGCACGGUCACAGUGAUGUGUGUUAUUUAUCUUUCCUUCCUUGCCUCUCCCUGUCAGCCAUCACAGCUGUGCGCACCAACGUGGCCAACCUUAGUGAUGCAGCGAUGUGGAAAAUCAGACGUGCACGCUUUGCCAGGAACCGCCAGAAGAGUGUACGUUCCCUCCGUGACAGCGUCAAGGGCCCGUCCGAGUCCAAGCGGGCCUUCUCCCUCCCAGAGACUCUGUGUAACCGUCUACGUAAGUGUCCAGUUGGUAGUGUCCUUUGGUUGGUUAUGCUACUAGUCUGUGGGUCUCAGAUUUUCUCUGUCCCAUGCUCCUACUGUUUCUCUCCUCAUCCAUGCACCUCUCUGUUCUGUUAGUACACCUACAAACAGUAUCAGUGCUCCUGUUUGUUUUUAUUCAAUUGUUUUCUCAGUAAUUCAUUCUCUUGCUGGAUGUAAGAGUUCUGUCUUAUCUGUGAUUUCCUCAUUGAUUCUGCAUAGGAUGCGGUCUGAGUUUCUGGGAAAGGGGGUCUACUGUUGGCUUAAGACUGUGUGUGGUUGUUGAGCUUGAGUGCUUCACAUUUUUUUUCAUGGAAGCUAAAUUAUUCAUAGAAUUACUUGAUAAGUCUUAGGAUCCACAUACGUCUUGGGAUCACUUUGUGUGAAUGGUGUGAGACAUUGGGAUGUAUAGGGUUGUCUGGUGUGAGACAUUGGGAUGUAUAGGGUUGUCUGGUGUGAGACAUUGGGAUGUAUAGGGUUGUCUGGUGUGAGACAUUGGGAUGUAUAGGGUUGUCUGGUGUGAGACAUUGGGAUGUAUAGGGUUGUCUGGUGUGAGACAUUGGGAUGUAUAGGGUUGUCUGGUGUGAGACAUUGGGAUGUAUAGGGUUGUCUGGUGUGAGACAUUGGGAUGUAUAGGGUUGUCUGGUGUGAGACAUUGGGAUGUAUAGGGUUGUCUGGUGUGAGACAUUGGGAUGUAUAGGGUUGUCUGGUGUGAGACAUUGGGAUGUAUAGGGUUGUCUGGUGUGAGACAUUGGGAUGUAUAGGGUUGUCUGGUGUGAGACAUUGGGAUGUAUAGGGUUGUCUGGUGUGAGCCAUUGGGAUGUAUAGGGUUGUCUGGUGUGAGACAUUGGGAUGUAUAGGGUUGUCUGGUGUGAGACAUUGGGAUGUAUAGGGUUGUCUGGUGUGAGCCAUUGGGAUGUAUAGGGCUGUCUGGUGUGAGACAUUGGGAUGUAUAGGGUUGUCUGGUGUGAGAAUUGGGAUGUAUAGUGUUGUCUGGUGUGAGACAUUGGGAUGUAUAGGGUUGUCUGGUGUGAGACAUUGGGAUGUAUAGGGUUGUCUGGUGUGAGACAUUGGGAUGUAUAGGGUUGUCUGGUGUGAGACAUUGGGAUGUAUAGGGUUGUCUGGUGUGAGACAUUGGGAUGUAUAGGGUUGUCUGGUGUGAGACAUUGGGAUGCAUAGGGUUGUCUGGUGUGAGACAUUGGGAUGUAUAGGGUUGUCUGGUGUGAGACAUUGGGAUGUAUAGGGUUGUCUGGUGUGAGACAUUGGGAUGUAUAGGGUUGUUUGGUGUGAGACAUUGGGAUGUAUAGGGUUUUCUGGUGUGAGACAUUGGGAUGUAUAGGGUUGUCUGGAAGCUCAGACGUGUCCUGUGCUACUUUCCCAGAACAUUCUCCUAAAUUGUGUUCUCAUGUGUGGUUUUUAGCUCUAAGGCUUACGAGGCAAGAGCACUCUGCCCCGACUCUGGGAGAUAUGAUAGAGAAAGUCCUGCCAGGUAAAUAACAACCCAAAUCUGACUCACCUUAUUACAACAGAACCAGAUCAGCAUUCCCUUCAGCAUAAUCACAUCAUAGUGGGAGAAAUAAAUAACUCAUGGCUACUGAUAAAGUUGAUGGGCAUCAGGAAACUUGAUGAAAAAACAAUGUUUGCUCUUUACUGACAUUCAUUGCUUUUCAUCCAGAAUUCAUAGAUUGUGCGUUCUAUUUUAGUCUCAGGCAAAAAUGGGAGAAAACUGUUACUCUUGCUAUCUUGAUAGCUUGUCACAUUUUCUGUUUGCAUUUGACAUAUUCUAUGAAUAUGUUAAAGUGAUGUCCAUAUAUGUAAUCACCCUGCUGAAUGUAGACCAAAUGAGAUGACUGUCGUACCAUCUCCCUCUCUGUGUUCCCCUGCUUCACUGCCCCUCUCCUCUCCAUCCGCUCCCCUGCCUGCAGCACGCUUCCUCCCGCCCUUUAACCCUGACGCUUCAGCCUCUCUCCUAGGCCACAGCCCCUCACCGGAGGACGACUCGGUCAUCAGGGACCUGCUCCCAGAGGAUGCUGGGAUAGAUCACCAGACGGUGCACCAGCUCAUCAUGGUGCUGAUGAAGUUCAUGGCCAAAGACAAGAGCAGUGCCGAGGCAGACAUUGGCAGUGCCAAGGCCUUCAACACGGUGAAGCGCCACCUAUAUGUACUGCUGGGCUUCGACCAGCAGGAGGGUUGCUUCAUGAUCGCACCGCAAAAGAUGAGGACCUCAACCUCCUUCAAUGCUUUCAUCGCUGGCAUCGCACAGGUCAGAGAAUAUCAAUUAACCCUAUGAAUGACUCCGCUGUUUUAAUGAUAAACUUUGAAUAAAUGUUGAGUUUAAUCCCCAGAAAAAUCCCUGACUCUCACCUGCUUCAGUUGGGAGUAAAUUUAAGAUGGGAGUUUUUUGUUGUUGUCUUGUUUCCCUCUGUAAAGUUUAAGUUUCAUGUUGCUGCUGCUGAUUAUGACAAUGUGUCAAGCUUCAAGAACAACCUAGCGUGAUGUGAUGUGAUAUCUCCUCCAGGUGAUGGACUACAAUAUUGGGCUGGGGAAGCAGCUGCUCCCCCUGGUGGUCCAGGUGUUGAAGUACUGCACAUGCCCCCAGCUCAGACACUACUUCCAGCAGCCCCCACGCUGCUCUCUCUGGGCCCUGCGGCCACACAUCCGACAGAUGUGGCUCAAAGCCUUGCUGGUCAUCCUCUACAAGGUAAACACUACCCAUGUUUGGAAUAUAAUGAAACCUUAUCCACUAUGUGAAUGUGUUAACAUUGAAAACUGUAUACAGUGUGUGUAUAACUGAUUGCCUGCACUUGAAAGUCUGCUUGUGAAAUGUUAGUAUUGGGAACAACAGCUAAUUUAUACAUAUUUUUGUUGCUUUGUACUCUCUUACCCUCCACUUCUACCAAUCCUGUGUGUGGUCCCAGUACCCCUACAGGGACAUGGAUGUGAGUAAAGUGGUUCUGCACCUGAUCCACAUCACCAUCAACACCCUGAAUGCCCAGUACCACAGCUGUAGACCCCAUGCCACCGCCGGACCCCUCUACAGUGACAACUCCAACAUCAGUCGCUACAGCGAGAAAGAGAAAGGUGGGGCUAACAACUACCACCAUAAAGAUUAUUUCAUUACUGGACUAGGCUUGAAAUGAAUCUGGAGUAAGACUUGAGAGAUUUGGACAUAAUGUGUGUGUUUUUUUCUUUUCAGAGGAGGACAGUGUGUUUGAUGAGUCUGAUGUCCAUGACACCCCAACUGGAGCAGGCAACAAGGAGUCCCAGACCUUCUUCGCCCGUCUGAAGAGGAUCGGUGGCAGCAAGUCUGUCAAGUACCAGCCAGUGGAGCUGAAUGCCCAGAAAAGUAUAAAAAUAGUCUCAAAGGAUGACCUAUUUUAUCCAGCAAUUAAAUGAAUUGAACUUAAAAGUUUGUGCUGAUAUGAAUUGAGCUUUCACAGAUUUUUACAAUCAGAAAUGAUCUAUAUUUUGAUCCUCCCUCUGUCUGUGUCAGGUGAAAUUGAGCUGUCUGAGUACCGCGAGGCCAGUGCGCUGCAGGACAGCAUCCUGCACUGUGUGAGGGAGGAAAGCACCAGGAAGAAGCGUCUGCAGGCCAUGCACAAGCAGAAGUCCUUGGACAUUGCCAACACUGACUCCAUCCUCUACAACCUGGACGAGCACCGACGCAAGUCCUGCAUAGACCGCUGUGACCUGCAGCAUGGUCCCUCCGCACCCCCCUCCUCCACCACCUCCCACCUCAGGCAGAAGGGGGGCCAUGGGAAGGGCUCAUCAGACGGUUCCUCAGGCCGAGCGGAGGGCAGCGACCACCGGGACCGUCGAGGCUCCCGGGGGGGCCACUCAGACUGCUCCAGGCCUGUCAUCCCAGAGGUGCGUCUCAGCUGCAUGGAGACGUUUGAGGACAAGGCCGACCUGGACUCCCCUCUGACAGGGGGCUCAUCAGCAGAGAAGGAGGACCCGGACCUCAUUGACCUCUCCUCCGACUGUACCUCCAUCCCAGAGAAGCACUCCAUCCUUUCCAUGUCCGACAGCGACUCCCUGGUGUUUGAACCCCUGCCACCACUGAGGAUUGUGGAGAGUGACGAGGAGUUUGACCUCAACACGGUGAUGGGCUCCAGGCUGAAUGGGAGUGCCAGGCCCCCAGCCUCCCCUGCCAGGCCCACUUCCUCCCCUGUCAGGCCCCCUUCCUCACCUGCCAGCAGCAGCACCCUGCGCCUGUCCCCGGUGGUGCAAGUGAGCGUGGAGGACUGCUCUAAGGACAAGAAGAUCACAGACUCCCCUGCAAAAGAAAUCCCUCAACAGCCUUUACAGAGGAGGCCACGCUAUGCGACCCCCACCACCUCCCUGGAGCUGCCUGACCGGCCGGAGCACACUGGCCUGGAGAGCCCCAUGACCCUCAGCUUACAACAGAAGAGGGACCUGCUGAGGAAGACCCCUGCUGUCCCUGACACCUCCCUGGAUGAUUUUGUGCACCCCGAGGACCUGAAGGCAGCGGUGGGUCUGGGGACCAGUCCCUCUGGCAGGACUGUCUUCCUGGACAUCCCUGAAGACACAGCCGAGCCCCUCAACUCUCUGGAGGGGAACAACAAUGAUGAAGAGGAAGAUUAUGAAGAUGAUGAUGAUGACCUUGAUGACAGCGACCUUAAACCGGAUGAUGAUGAUGAUGACAAUGACGAGGCAGAGUUUAAGAUCCAGAUAGUUCCCCGGCAACGCAAGCAGAGGAAGAUAGCUGUGAGUGCCAUCCAGAGAGAGUACCUGGACAUCUCCUUCAACACCCUGGACAAGCUGGGUGAGCAGCCCACUGAGACAGGUAAGGGAGCAGGGUCAGGGGAGAAAGAGAAGCCUCAGUCCAGAGGUCUCCCUCUGUAUGGACCUACAGCUGCUGUAUCCUUUUACUGUGCCCCUGAGAUACGUAUGCUGACUUCAUGCACAAUAUGUAUUUUUGAUGUAUGUGUGUUUCAGUGGUGACAUCUCUAAGAUUUGAGGGGGUUUAAGAGAUAUGACUGAAAAUCAAGUUUUCUAGAAUAGUUAUGGAAGUGUCUGCUUAGAAGGGCAGAACCACAUGAACAGACUAUACAUUGUCUAGUCGGAUAUCCAUGCUACCUCAAAUCUUCAGUCAACUGGUCACCACUGCUGUCUCCUGUCCUGUGGUGUGGCUUUGUACGAGUCUCUCCCUUUUCCCAUUCCAACCCAUGGUAAACACCUGAAAAACAAAACAUACUGUGAAAUAAAGUCCUAGAAGCUGAUAAGUAAAUAUCAGUACAGCAUCUUCAAAUUACUGCAACACACUGUCCAUAAAUAGCUGUCCAUAUAGGAACAAGUGAUAACAUAAAAUGAGAGGCAAAUUAGUUUUUUUACUAAAUAGGGCAUCAAUAAACAAUUGUAAUUUCUUCACAAAAUCUUCAUUUUAGAUUGCUGUUGCACUAGGACUUACUCUAUACUUGUAGUUAACCACUUGUAGUUCUACACUACAUUUGUAUUGGCGUUGGGUGUCUGCAGCAUCUCAUGCCCUAAACAGUUGUCCACAUGUGAGGUUAUAAGGUGGCUGAGAGCUGAAGCAGCCACUAUUGCGCCCCAUCACUCACCCACGUUGCCUUGCAGAUCACAAGGUUCUGUCUACCCUGGAAAAUCCACGGGAAUCCGCCUCAGCCCCCACCCUCGAAGCUGCUAUCCCAGAAACAAGCAACCGCUCUUCAGUAUCAAGUAGGAUCCAAAUACUUUCUCAUUGUCAUCUGUUUAAAUUCACCAAUAAAACAGGGUGUGGUCAUCACACCCAGAACAUUACACCGUUCAAACAUUUGGCCUUGUUUUUUUCAAGGUGUAAAAUAGUUUUUCUUCAGUAGUUUUUUCUCAGCAUUAUGUUUUUGACACCAGUGCAGUGUUUUUUUCUUCUUCUUAUCAAUAGACCAGGUAUUAUAUCUAUCCGACAAUAUAUACAAUCUUGAAUAUAUGCAACUAAGCCAUUAAAUCAUUUCAUUUUUAUAUUUACCUCUGUGAGUGUCUUCCACUCCCCAUUUUCAUGACAGUUUGUUUAAGUAAACCAGACAUUGAAAUGAAAGUGGAAAGUACCAGGCAACUCAAUCCUCUGUGUGUGUGUCACACCCCCAGCUCAGUACCGUCAGUCGAAGCGGGGCUCGUUAGGAGCUCUAACCAUGACCCAGCUGAUGAAGAGACAGUUGGAGCACCAGUCCAGCGCCCCUCACAACAUCAGCACCUGGGAGACAGGUCAGUCCCUGGCUGCCUCUGGUCCACCUCUUCAGAUUAGUAAAUAUCAAAACACCUUUUAAAUACUGUAAUGACUUUGUUUGACUGUGCUAAUUGUUGUGUUGCUCUCUAAACAGGCCCCACCAAGUCCAGCCUCUUAUCUGCCCCCAGUACAGUCAGCAUGUUUGUGCCCGCCCCCGAGGAGUUCAUUGAUGAUCAGCCCACCACCAUGACUGACAGGUGAGUGAACCUACCGCCAACCACCAACACUGACUGGUGUGUCAUUCAGGACAGUGGACACUUUAUGUAUUAAUGGUUAUUCAUUGUUAUUAAUCAGGUGUCGUGACUGUGGUGCGGUGCUAGAGGAGUAUGAUGAGGAGACCCUGGGCCUGGCAGUGGUGGUGCUCUCCAUGUUCAUCCACCUCAGCCCUGACCAGGCCGCUCCACUGUUGCUGGACAUCAUGCAGUCUGUGGGCAGGUCUGGCAACUACAGCAUCUCCUGCAUCAACCCCUUUAUAAAUCCCAUACACAAACCUGAUUGUUCAGUAAAGUUUUAGCACACUUUCUGUCAUGUCUCCGAUCUUGAAUUCAGAUUUUUUUCUUACAGGCUGGCGUCUAGUGCUAACUUCUCUGGGCAAGCUGAGAGGUAUGACACAUCAUAACCAGACAUACUAAAUAUAUUAUUAUAUUGUGUGUGCUAAACUCAGGUGUACUGUGGAUGCUGAGGACUUGUUCACGCUGGCUGUAUUCUUGUACACAAAUGAGAGAAUGGGCCAACAUGAGGUGCAGACGCUCUGUGUGUGAGUUGAUGUUUAUGUCUCUGUUGGUGUAGUAUGCUGAUCCCUGGCAACGCAGCAGGUGUGGCUAAGCAGUUCCUCCGCUGUGUGAUCCACCAGCUGGCCCCCAAUGGCAUCCUUCCCCAGCUCUUCCAGAGCAACAUCAAAGGUCUACUCAUACACACAAAACACAAUAUGGUUCCUGUUAAGAGCAACUUUCUGAGGGAUAUGGUUUGAUCUUUACCGUCAAUUUCUGUGUAUUUCCAGAUGGAGGUUUUCUGAGAACGUUGGCUUCUUCCCUGAUUGAUUUUAAUGAACUGAGUUCUGUGGCUGCACUGAACCAGCUGCUGGAGGUGGGACUUUUACUUGCUUAGUGUAAUGAUUAAAGCUCAGCACUCAGCUGAAGGAACUAUGCCGGUGUGUGUUUGUGGAUGUCUUGAAUCUCAAGCAAAAUGUCCACUUUCAUCAUGUAUCCAGCAGGAGGAGCUCUUGUAAAAGGUGACGACACUAUAACAUUGCUGUUUGGAUAGCGUGAUGCCAAAGCAAAUUAAGAAUGCUGCUGAAGAGUAUGCCUCUGCAUGGUUGUUCACCAUAUUCACUCUUCUCUAUUAACUUGGUUUCUUCUCUUUUGCAAUCUUACACUGUUACAAUGUUCAAGGAAUAGCGCUUGUGACAGUCCACCUCAGUUCACUCCUUUGGCUCAUAACAUCAUUAGUCCAAACCACUUUUAGAAUAUAAUUUGUAAACAAUUGAACAGUUGGUAACGGCUCUAUGGCAAUAUAUAUGUAUUAUGUAACCCUGUUGUCGUUUAUUCCACUAUCCUCAGGGUCUGAACAACAAGAAGAGUCUACCAGCAGGGGGCACCAUGCUGCAUUGCCUGGAGAACAUCGCCACCUUCAUGGAGGCCCUGCCCAUGGACUCCCCCAGCAACCUGUGGACCACCAUCUGCAAUCAGUUCCAGACCUUCCUCACUAAACUACCCUCUGUGCUGCCUCUGAAGGUACUGGACCUCGCUCUGCAUGUAGGCUGCAUUGACUGUGACCAAUAUAGAGCUACAGCCUUAUGAAGAAUUGUAUGAUAUCUCUUUAACAGUGUCCCCUGGACUCCAGUUUGAGGAUCAUAAUUUGCCUGUUGAAGAUCCCCACCACAAGUGCAACCCGGGUGAGUCUGUCUGUGUGUGCUUUAAAAUACAUUAGGCCUGCUAACCAAAUGGUGAGCGCAGUCUUCAAUUGAGUGUCAUAAAUCACACUAUCCCAGCCCUUCUCUGAUAAGGCCCUGAGCAGGUUAUAUGAUUGUUUACAUUCUGACUCUUUAAAUCAAAGGACUUACAUCUGAUAGCAUUCAGUUAUGUCAGAUCUUGUUCAGUGAACAGCUCAUUCACGUAGACUGUCAUUUGCAUGAAUGAACUCAUGUCUUUUUUUUACAUAUGUAUAUAUUUUUUUUAAGGGGGGGGGUAGAUCAGCUUAAUAUUGCAGAUAUAUUGUAACUUCCAUCAAUGUAAUUGUCUGCAUCACUUCCAAUCCCCCAUGUUUAUAUAUAUAUAUAUAUAUAUAUAUAUAUAUACAGUGAGGGAAAAAAGUAUUUGAUCCCCUGCUGAUUUUGUACGUUUGCCCACUAACAAAGAAAUGAUCAGUCUAUAAUUUUAAUGGUAGGUUUAUUUGAACAGUGAGAGACAGAAUAACAGUAAAAAAAUCCAGAAAAACGCAUGUCAAAAAUGUUAUUAAUUGAUUUGCAUUUUAAUGAGGGAAAUAAGUAUUUGACCCUUCUGCAAAACAUGACUUAGUACUUGGUGGCAAAACCCUUGUUGGCAAUCACAGAGGUCAGACGUUUCUUGUAGUUGGCCCCCAGGUUUGCACACAUCUCAGGAGGGAUUUUGUCCCACUCCUCUUUGCAGAUCUUCUCCAAGUCAUUAUGGUUUCGAGGCUGACGUUUGGCAACUCGAACCUUCAGCUCCCUCCACAGAUUUUCUAUGGGAUUAAGGUCUGGAGACUGGCUAGGCCACUCCAGGACCUUAAUGUGCUUCUUCUUGAGCCACUCCUUUGUUGCCUUGGCCGUGUGUUUUGGGUCAUUGUCAUGCUGGAAUACCCAUCCACGACCCAUUUUCAAUGCCCUAGUUUGAGGGAAGGAGGUUCUCACCCAAGAUUUGAUGGUACAUGGCCCCGUCCAUCGUCCCUUUGAUGCGGUGAAGUUGUCCUGUCCCCUUAGCAGAAAAACACCCCCAAAGCAUAAUGUUUCCACCUCCAUGUUUGACGGUGGGGAUGGUGUUCUUGGGGUCAUAGGCAGCAUUCCUCCUCCUCCAAACACGGCGAGUUGAGUUGAUGCCAAAGAGCUCGAUUUUGGUCUCAUCUGACCACAACACUUUCACCCAGUUCUCCUCUGAAUCAUUCAGAUGUUCAUUGGAAAACUUCAGACGGACCUGUAUAUGUGCUUUCUUGAGCAGGGGGACCUUGCGGGCGCUGCAGGAUUUCAGUCCUUCAUGGCGUAGUGUGUUACCAAUUGUUUUCUUGGUGACUAUGGUCCCAGCUGCCUUGAGAUCAUUGACAAGAUCCUCCUGUGUAGUUCUGGGCUGAUUCCUCACCGUUCUCAUGAUCAUUGCAACUCCACGAGGUGAGAUCUUGCAUGGAGCCCCAGGCCGAGGGAGAUUGACAGUUAUUUUUUGUUUCUUCCAUUUGCGAAUAAUCGCACCAACUGUUGUCACCUUCUCACCAAGCUGCUUGGCGAUGGUCUUGUAGCCCAUUCCAGCCUUGUGUAGGUCUACAAUCUUGUCCCUGACAUCUUUGGAGAGCUCUUUGGUAUUGGCCAUGGUGGAGAGUUUGGAAUCUGAUUGAUUGAUUACUUCUGUGGAUAGGUGUCUUUUAUACAGGUAACAAACUGAGAAUAGGAGCACUCCCUUUAAGAGUGUGCUCCUAAUCUCAGCUCGUUACCUGUAUAAAAGACACCUGGGAGCCAGAAAUCUUUCUGAUUGAGAGGGGGUCAAAUACUUAUUUCUCUCAUUAAAAUGCAAAUCAAUUCAUAACAUUUUUGACAAGCGUUUUUCUGGAUUUGUUUGUUGUUAUUGUGUCUCUCACUGUUCAAAUAAACCUACCAUUAAAAUUAUAGACUGAUCAUUUCUUUGUCAGUGGGCAAACGUACAAAAUCAGCAGGGGAUCAAAUACUUUUUUUCCUCACUGUAUAUACAUACACAUACAUAUACAUACAUAUAUAUAUACAUAUAAAUACACAUAUACACACAUACAUACACACAUACAUACAUACAGAUACAGUGCUAUGAAAAAGCACCUGCCCCCCUUCCAAUCCUCUCCACCUCCGCACACCUGCGACACUGAAUGCCACCAGAUCCCCAACCAAAACCCAACACUAGACAAAGGGAACAUAAGUGAACAAACAACACAACAACCACACAUCUACUCCAUCCAUUUCACAAACAAAGCCAUGCAACACCCAAUUCCCCCGUGCGAAAAAGCAACCCACCCCCCACACUCAACAACUGGCCGUGCCACACCCAGCCGCAACGACCCCAACCAAACGCCCCCUGCAGCUGCCGAUCAGUCCCCCACGCCGCUGCGGAGGAACCCCGGCCCACUCCCCCACGCAGAACAGCUUCAACCCAGCGACGCGCGGGCCCCCAAGCACGAACCGCUCGCCCCAAGACCCGCCACAACAUCUCAACUGGGACCAGGCCCAGACCCCGACCCCAUAAAUCUUACUCAUUUGGAAUAAGCAGGAAGUCUUACAAAAUCCCUGUUGUGUUAAGAUCCACUCAGCCACCCACCAGGCAUGGACCCAGCCUUAACUAUGUAUUUUCCUCCUCUUCCUCAGAGCUUACUCGAGCCCUUCUCCAAACUGCUGAGCUUUGUCAUCCAGUAUGGAGUGUUCAGCCUCUCUUACCUGGUGGAGCUGUGUGGCCUCUGUUACAAAGCCUUCAACAAGGUAGAUAUGUACAGUUUAGCUUACAUUUGCUAGUAUAUUUGUUUAUUAUGUUUGUAAAAAAAAAAAAUAAUAAUAAAGAAAUGGUAGCAUUGCAAUGAUCUCAUGUGAAAGGUCCAAUUUGAAAAGCGAUACAGAAAUAUUACUUUGUCCCACAUUGUUAAAUAUGAAACCAUGUCUGCAUACCUCUGUAUACUGUAGUUAUUGGUGAUAAUACUUAUCCCCAGCCUCUCCUGCUAGACAGCAAGGUGGCUGUGUGUCACAGAUGAUUAAGUAGACAAUCAGCCAGUAUUGAUUUACAUGGUUAGUUGGGGCUCUGGGCUGAGGAUAUAUGGUGUGCAUGAGGGGAAGCCUCCCUCUGUUAGAGCUGGGGCCUGGGCUGUCUCCUGCUGCAGGACGGAUGGAUCCUCACCCCGCUACUGCUGUCACAGCGCCAUGCUUUAUGUCUCCAGCUCUAUUGAUUUCCUCUAGCCUGCUUAAUCCCCGCUAUAUAACAUCCAUUUCUCCAAACGCGAGUCAACAUGACUGAUUAUGUCUAUAUACAUGUUUCCUGUGCAGUUAGUCUUAUGAGGUGAGCUUUCUCAAAUACAAGUUUAAGGAGGAUUUUUCAGUGCUUGGGGUAUUGUAGACAUACAGAUGCACUAUACAUAGAACAUUUGAACAAAAAUGACCCCUAAUUGUUUAUUCUGUAAUAUACCUACCAAUGUAGAUAAUAAAGUGAUAAUACGGUAACUACUGUAUGCUAUGCCAUAAGUUUACCUACUGAAAACGUGUGUGAAACAACAGUGUUGUAGACAUGAUGAGAGAGAGAGAGAGAGAGAGAGAGAGAGAGAGAGAGAGAGGUUGGUAAGCACGCAGGGCUUUGUAUUGAGGGGAUGAUUUAACAGAGAGAGAGCGGUGGCUCCCCAGGCUGACAGCCUCAUCUGAACUGGGCCCCUGGGAGAGAGGAGAUCUGGACUGGGUGCCAUGCUAAUCAGAUCCUCUGUCUCUCUGUCUCUAUUCAGACCACAGACAACCUUUAUACUCCAGUACACACACACAGGCAACACUGUAUGAGCACUGGAGAGGGAGAGAGAUACAGUACACAGCCCUGCAAUAUUAAAUAAGACAGUGAGAAAACAUCCACCAGGAAAACCUUUUUCCCCCAGUAUGCCUAAGAGCUUAUCUCACUUGGUUCCUCUAAAAUCAUUACAACAUUUUACACAGUUGUUUUCUAUAUUCUCUUUCCACCGUCCUCAUUUGUCCUCAUCCUGAGUUAUUUUGUGUAUUCAUCUCUUUUUGCCCAGGAGAGAGAUAAGUUCUAUAUGUCUCGUAUUGUGGUGCUGGAGCUUCUGCAGGCUCUGAAGUUCAAGUCUCCUCUACCCGAUACUAACUUGCUACUGCUGGUCCAGGUAAACAGUAGCACAAUCAAAACUACUUGUGGAAAAGACUUAAACCCAAAAGAUGACUUUACAUAUUUAUUUAUGUUAACUACAUCCUAUGUGUGUAUGUUGUCAGUUUGUUUGUUCAGAUAUUGGUACAAGGCUAGCAGAGUCUACUAUUCUCUCAAAGCACAUGAUCUCAUCACUUCCAGGGGUAAGACAGUACAUAAUACAGUACAUUGGUUAUCUGGGUUCCUUUAUGAUGACCUAAUGAAAUCAUAUGAAAUAAAGAUAUGGGUUGUUUGAUUGUUGCACUAUUCUCUCUGUCUUUUUCAGUGCACGACAGCAGCAAUGGAAUGCAUGAGGCAAUACAUCAGUGAGCUUCUAGACUUCAUAGCAGAUAUGCACACACUGACCAAACUGAAAGUGAGUUUCCUCCUUACUCUGUCUUAAAUCAUCCACCCAUCUUACAUAAGUCUCAUCUCUAACCAUAUUGUCAUGUGGAGGGUCCUGAGUUUCUCCUGGUCAAGUGAUCAGGGAAAACACAGGGUUGUAGUCAUGUGACCUGUCCUGUGAUCAUGUGACUCUGUCCAGAACCAUAUGAAGGCGUGUUGUCAGCCGCUGCAUGAGGACACGUUCGGAGGGAACCUGAAAGUGGGCCUGGCACAGCUGGCUGCCAUGGAGAUCAGCAAAGGCAAUCACCGUGACAACAAGGCAGUGAUCCGUUAUCUUCCCUGGCUCUACCAUCCCCCGUCCACCAUGCAGCAGGGGUGAGAGGCACCGACAGUUACAGCACAGAUGUCACUUUCAGUGAUCUCACUGUCUAUAACCAUGAACAUAUUACAAGAAGUGCUUUUAUUAGAAUUAAUGGUGAGUCUAAUAACACUGUAAUGUUUGUUCAAAAAGCGUUUAACCUUUGUCUCCUCCUCAGACCUAAGGAGUUCAUAGAGUGUGUGUCCCACAUCCGCCAGCUGUCCUGGCUGCUCCUGGGCUCCCUGACCCACUAUGCCCUGCACCAGGGCUCCACCUGCUGUAUGCCCAUCCCCCUGGACGCUGGCUCACACAUCGCUGACCACCUCAUCGUCAUCCUCAUCGGCUUCCCUGAGCAAUCCAAGGUCAGGAAAAUGUCUACAUUUACAUUUUAUAUUUUCGUCAUUUAGCAGACGCUCUUAUCCAGAGCGACUUACAAAUUGGUGCAUUCACCUUAUGAUAGCCAGUGGGACAACCACUUUAUUUUUUUUGGGGGGGUGGGGUAGGGGGAGGGUAGAAUGAUUACUUUUAUCCUAUCACAGGUAUUCCUUAAAGGAGGUGGGGUUUCAAGUGUCUCCGGAAGGUGGGGAGUGACUCCUCUGUCCUGGCGUCGUGAGGGAGCUUUUUCCACCAUUGGGGUGCCAGAGCAGCGAACAGUUUUGACUGGGCUGAGCGGGAACUGUGCUUCCGCAGAGGUAGGGGGGCCAGCAGGCCAGAGGUGGAUGAACGCAAUGCCCUCGUUUGGGUGUAGGGACUGAUCAGAGCCUGAAGGUACGGAGGUGCCGUUCCCCUCACAGCUCCGUAGGCAAGCAACAUGGUCUUGUAGCAGAUGCAGGCUUCAACUGGAAGCCAGUGGAGUGUGCGGAGGAGCGGGGUGACGUGAGAGAACUUGGGAAGGUUGAACACCAGACGGGCUGCAGCGUUCUGGAUUAGUUGUAGGGGUUUAAUGGCACAGGCAGGGAGCCCAGACAACAGCGAGUUGCAGUAAUCCAGACGGGAGAUGACAAGUGCCUGGAUUAGGACCUGUGCCGCUUCCUGUGUAAGGUAGGGUCGUACUCUGCGAAUGUUGUAGAGCAUGAACCUACAGGAUCAGGUCACGCUUUGAUGUUAGCGGAGAACGACAGGGUGUUGUCCAGGGUCACGCCAAGGUUCUUUGCACUCUGGGAGGAGGACACAACGGAGUUGUCAACCGUGAUGGCGAGAUCAUGGAGCAGGCAGUCCUUCCCCGGGAGGAAGAGCAGCUCCGUCUUGCCGAGGUUCAGCUUGAGGUGGUGAUCCGUCAUCCACGCUGAUAUGUCUGCCAGACAUGCAGAGAUGCGAUUCGCCACCUGGUUAUCAGAAGGGGGAAAGGAGAAGAUUAAUUGUGUGUCGUCUGCGUAGCAAUGAUAGGAGAGACCAUGUGAGGAUAUGACAGAGCCAAGUGACUUGGUGUAUAGAGAGAAUAGGAGAGGGCCUAGAACUGAGCCCUGGGGGACACCAGUGGUGAGAGCACGUGGUGCGGAGACAGAUUCUCGCCACGCCACCUGGUAGGAGCGACCUGUGAGGUAGGACGCGCAAUCCAAGAGUGAGCCGCGCCGGAGAUGCCCAACUCGGAGAGGGUGGAGAGGAGGAUCUGAUGGUUCACAGUAUCAAAGGCAGCAGAUAGGUCUAGAAGGAUGAGAGCAGAGGAGAGAGAGUUAGCUUUAGCAGUGCGGAGAGCCUCCGUGACACAGAGAAGAGCAGUCUCAGUUGAAUGACCAGUCUUGAAACAUGAUUGGUUUGGAUCAAGAAGGUCAUUCUGAGAGAGAUAACAAGAGAGUUGGCUAAAGAAGGCACGCUCAAGAGUUUUGGAGAGAAAAGAAAGAAGGGAUACUGGUCUGUAGUUGUUGACAUCGGAGGGAUCGAGUGUAGGUUUUUUGAGAAGGGGUGCAACUCUCGCUCUCUUGAAGACGGAAGGGACAUAUGGUCAAGGAUGAGUUGAUGAGCGAGGUGAGGUAAGGGAGAAGGUCUCUGGAAAUGGUCUGGAGAAGAGAGGAGGGGAGAGGGUCAAGCGGGCAGGUUGUUGGGCGGCCGGCCGUCACAAGUCGCAAGAUUUCAUCUGGAGAGAGAGGGGAGAAAGAAGUCAAACCAUAGGGUAGGGCAGUGUGAGCAGGACCAGCGGUUUCAUUUGACUUAAUAAAUGAGGAUCGGAUGUCGUCAACCUUCUUUUCAAAAUGGUUGACGAAGUCAUCCACAGAGAGGGAGGAGGGAGGGGGAGGAGGAGGAGGAUUCAGCAGGGAGGAGAAGGUGGCAAAGCGCUUCCUAGGGUUAGAGGCAGAGGCUUGAAAUUUAGAGUGGUAGAAAGUGGCUUUAGCAGCAGAAACAGAGGAAGAAAAUGUAGAGAGGAGGGAGUGAAAAGAUGACAGGUCGGCAGGGAGUCUAGUUUUCCUCCAUUGCGCUCGGCUGCCGGAGCCCUGUUCUGUGAGCUCGCAAUGAGUCGUCAAGCCACGGAGCAGGAGUGGAGGACCGAGCCGGCCGGGAGGAUAGGGGACAUAGAGAGUCAAAAGAUGCAGAAAGGGAGGAGAGGAGGGUUGAGGAGGCAGAAUCAGGAGAUUGGAGGGAGAAGGAUUGAGCAGAGGGAAGAGAUGAUAGGAUGGAAGAGGAGAGAGUAGCGGGAGAGAGAGAGCGAAGGUCGCGACGGCGCAUUACCGUCUGAGUAGGGGCAGAGUGAGUAGUGUUGGAGGAGAGGGAGAGAGAAAAGGAUACAAAGUAGUGGUCGGAGACUUGGAGGGGAGUUGCAGUGAGAUUAGUAGAAGAACAGCAUCUAGUAAAGAUGAGGUCAAGCGUAUUGCCUGCCUUGUGAGUAGGGGGAGACGGUGAGAGGGUGAGGUCAAAAGAGGAGAGGAGUGGAAAGAAGGAGGCAGAGAAAUGAGUCAAAGGUAGACGUAGGGAGGUUAAAGUCACCCAGAACUGUGAGGGGUGAGCCAUCCUCAGGAAAGGAACGUAUCAAGGCGUCAAGCUCAUUGAUGAACUCUCCAAGGGAACCUGGAGGGCGAUAAAUGAUAAGGAUGUUAAGCUUGAAUGGGCUAGUGACUGUGACAGCAUGGAAUUCAAAUGAGGAGAUAGACAGAUGGGUCAGGGGAGAAAGAGUGAAUGUCCACUUGGGAGAGAUGAGGAUUCCUGUGCCACCGCCCCACUGACCAGAUGCUCUCGGUGUAUGUGAGAACACAUGGUCAGACGAGGAGAGAGCAGUAGGAGUAGCAGUGUUUUCUGUGGUAAUCCAUGUUUCCGUCAGCGCCAAGAAGUCGAGGGACUGGAGGGUAGCAUAGGCGGAGAUGAACUCUGCCUUGUUGGCCGCAGAACGGCAGUUUCAGAGGCUGCCGGAGACCUGGAACUCCACGUGGGUCGUGCGUGCAGGGACCACCAGGUUAGAGAGACAGCAGCCACGCGGUGUGAGGCGUUUGUAUGGCCUGUGCGGAGAGGAGAGAACAGGGAUAGACAGACACAUAGUUGACAGGCUACAGAAAAGGCUACACUAAUGCAAAGGAGAUCUGAAUGAAAUUAACUAAACAUCUGGGGAAACGAGGCCUCCCUCACUAACCUUUCACUAAAACACUCAAAUACAACUCUUCCAACUUCCACUUUAGAAAUUAUAAUUACUGUAAUCUACAGUAGUUCAAUGUUUCCAGGAAUAGACUAACUUAGUUUAUUCAGCUAGCUAACUUGGUACAGUAUUCUUCUGUGAAAACCGCCCAGGGCACCGUAUCCUAUGACGCCAUAGCUAACUAGCAUGCUAGCAUCCAAUAACACACGGUUUACCACCAAUACUUGGUUACAACAAACUACCAAUGGAUCAUUCAUGUCCGUGUCUAGUUCCUUUCAUAACGCAAAUGCUAAAUGCUAUAUGCAUAAAUAAUGAAGAAAAUGCUACGUAGACCUAUGUAGAUUUCACAUAUCUUCCCUCAACCAAAGUCUAGGAUAAGAUAAAGACCUCUCUCUUCCUUCCCUCCUCUGUCUGCAGACGUCAGUGCUGCACAUGUGCUCCCUGUUCCAUGCCUUCAUGUUUGCCCAGCUGUGGACCAUCUACUGUGAGCAGGCGGCGGCCGCCUCGGCCCUGCAAAACCAGAACCAGACAGAGUUCUCUUCCAAUGCCAUACUGACCGGCCUGGAGUUCUGGAGCCGCGUCACACCCAGCAUCUUGCAGCUCAUGGCCCACAACAAAGUGGUAAGGAAGAUCCACAUGCUUAUCUCUCCAUCAGCUUCAAGAGGGGGUGGGCUGGAAAGAGGAUGUGCUUGGAGAUGUGUGAAAUAAGUUAAGUGUGAAAUACUACUCUGACUGUUGUCGUGAAUGUGACAGAUGAGUUGGUUAAAGCACCAACAUAUCCUUGUUAUGUCUGACAGGACAUUGCUGUUUUUUUAAGGCCGAGAUUCAAUCUGGUCGUGCUUUGUCCACAAUGCACGUUUUAAAGGAAAUGUUCCUGCAUUCACAGAGACCAUAUUCACGGUAAACGGUGGCUCUAUUGGAAAUAACCUUUAAAUGGCGCAUUGUUCAAAUCCGCGGUCGUAUUGAAUCCCGGCCUAAGACGAUAUAUUUUGUUUCAUAUUUGGAUGGGUUAAUCAUAAGUCAAGUUAUGAUCCCUUGCAGUAAUAAAAACGUGUUCUCUUCAACUUUCCAAGAUGGUGGAGAUGGUGUGUCUACAUGUCAUUAGCCUGAUGGAGGCUCUACAAGAAUGCAACUCAACCAUCUUUGUGAAGGUAAGGGGGCCAUUCAAAAUGUUCCACAAACACUUGAUUUUACACUUCAUGUUGCUUUCUAUUUCAACUAAAAAUUAGCAUAUUCUCUCCAUCAGUUAAUACCUAUGUGGUUGCCCAUGAUUCAAUCCAACCUAAAGGUAAGAAUUAAAUUGCAAUUCAAAAAUGAUCUGUUUAUGUUCGUAUAUGUAUAUAGAUGCUUGGAUUUUCCAGUGAAAAAACUCUCCCCCUGUCCCAUGCAGCACCUGUCUGCAGGGCUCCAGCUGCGGCUGCAGGCCAUCCAGAACAGGGUGAACCACCAGUGUCUGCAGGGCCAGGCAGCCGGGGCCCUGCCCUUUGCCCUGCGCAAGUGGCUGCAGUGCACCCAGUUCAAGAUGGCCCAGGUGGAGAUCCAGUCAUCAGAGGCCGCCUCACAGUUCUACCCCAUGUGA